CAUUUUUGUUCUGCAUUUUCUGAGCAAGGGAAAAAAAAUGAGGGGAAACCAUGAUCUGGAAUUUACCAGUUUUCCUAAUGAUGUUCUCAGGCAUAUGGUUUCAUUCCUUCCAUUAGAACAGGCGGUGAGAACAAGCAUCCUUUCGUCUCGAUGGAGAGCCAUCUGGCUUCCGGAACAAUUCACUACUGAAGAGGUAGAAGAAAUUGCAGCCAUGCUGUUGGGGCCUGCCGCUGUUCAUCAGAUAUGGAAACUCUGUUUUCUAACAGGGGAUGAAACAGUCCACAUCUUGGCUAGGAAAGGUGUAAAUGGAGAAGUUCGGCUGGAAUUUGAGGAGAUGCAGGAAGAAAUGACUAGUUUCCGGUUGAAGUUAGAACCGGAAGUCCUCGCAGGUGGAUUUUCUUCUUCUGUCCGGACUCUCCAUCUCCGAUCAGUGAACAACCUUGGGAAAGAUUUUUCUUCCACUCUGUUCUCCAGGUGCCAGUUUCUUGAAUCUCUGAAGCUCCAACACUGCCGCGGAUUGCAGAUUCUUGAUUUAGAAGCUAACGACUGCUUUCGUAGCCUGGAAGUAUCAGAUUGCCCGGAGAUGGAAAAUAUCACUAUUUCAGCAAGAAAUCUUCAUUUUUUCUCAUACCAAGGUGUUACUCCUCUGAUUCAACUGAAAAACACUUCAAAAUUGGUUGAAGUGUCGCUUAAUUUCGAUGGUUUAGGGGAAAACAGAGAGUUUGAUUCCGAGGAUGUUGUUGCUCUUUUAGCUUCUCUAGAGGAAAUGCAGAUACUCACCAUCAAGGGAUGGUUUCUUGAGUGCUUGUGCUCGGCCGGAGUAAUUUUCCGGUGGCUUGAGUUCAAAUUAAACAAGCUGAAAGAACUGUAUUGGAUAGACUCUCAUAUGAACAAGAGGAACCGGGACUCUUUAGCUUGCUUCCUCAACAUAUGUCCCUCCUUGGAGAAGUUGCAUAUCAAAGUGAGUUUUUGCUUCCUCUUUCUUCUUCUUCUUCUUCUUCUUCUUCUUCUUCUUCUUCUUCUUCUUCUUCUUUUGUUUUUGUUUUUGUUUUUUUCCAAAUGGUUAAGUUUCCCUUACGUCAUAGCUUAAACUUUUAAAUAAAGUUAUUUUGAAUUUGGCAUCAAACUCUUCAAUAUGGUUGUCAGUGUUUGAAUUCUAGUUACAGCCUCUUUUAGAAAUUUCUUCUGUAUGCCUUAAGCCCAACGGAUGUGGGAUGUUUUGUAGCAUAGGUUCUUGAGCCUCAGCCUGAUAGCUUAAAACGCUUCCUGACUAAAAUUUUGCUUUAUAAACUUAAUGUUUCUCUCUCCUUUUUUUUUUUAUUUUUUAUUUUUUAUCUUAAUAAUCUUCAGAUUGACCCGAGCCGCAACAGGGUACCCUGUCCAUUUUUCCAUCAUUAUUUGCAUGAACCUCACCUCUGGAUGGAUAACGCAACUGUAGAGUGCAAUACUUCUGAACUUAAACACCUAAAGAUGGUUGAGGUUCUGGGUUAUACAGGAGAAGAAGAUCAGUUGUUGUUGAUGAACCUCCUGUUCAAGAAGGGGGAUAAACUUGAUUCAAUCACUGUAACUUCACGGGAGAAUCGUUCGUGGCAGGUCGCCAAGACCCCCCAGAGUCAACUUAAGCAAACGUGGAAUUGGAAUGAUGAUAACAAGGAGAGCAAGAAAUCUUUUUUGUCGUUACUGAUGGAAGACUUCUUGGGUUUUUUAUAUCCAGCAAAAGCUGAACUUUGUUAUAAUACCUUUUGGUUUUAAUCUUGCUUUCUCCCUCUUAUGUAUUUUGAAUGUUUGAUUAGAGAUUCUAUAAUCUGUAUCUGCUAAAUUUGUUUGUCAUCUUCAGUGUUUCAUAUUCAUGAUCCUCCGCCCUGGGCCAAGGGUGUUCCCUGCUUCGGAAAAAGAGUUUGCUUUUUCACGUUAUUCAGUAAAGUGUCAUUGUUUUU